AUGGCGGCAAAUCGGAAGAACAAACUGAGUACGAAGAGAAAACGCGGCGCGAACAGCCCGAGUUUGGGGAGUCUGGCGGGCGGGAUUAAAGAUGGGAAGGCAGAGGGAUCUCCAGAAGGCCAUGCAGCUAGAAUUCCCGCCCAGACUGCUGAAAAAACACAACUUGUGGAGAGACAGAAGCCAGGAGAACACCAGGACCAGACUCCUGUGCACGAUGGUGUAACAGCUGAACUGGUCAGACUGAGACAGAGUUUGGCCCAACACUGGCCGGUCUACAACAACUGGACAAACCUGUCAGACUUACCCAUGGUCAACACUUGUACUGGUGUCAACAAGUCACAGGGACUGAAGCAAGAACAUGGAAUCUGCUCCAUUGGAGAAACAUCAUUUAAGUGGUUGCCCCUCCCCCCACCAUGUAAAACAUGUAUGAAGAGAAAGAGGGUCGACUUGAGUCCUGAGUUACUGAAGGACACUGAAAGAAUUUCAAGAAGAGUCAAUACCUUUCAGUCAGGACCUACAUGUACAGUCGGUUCAAAACAAACUCAGAACACAACUAUAAAACAGCAAAGUACAACAGUAUCAUCACUUUAUAGCAAAGAGACACCCAGACUGAAGAAUAUGAAGUCAAUAACACCACCAAAGACAACUCCAGCAGGAGACACGAACAGGAAAACGAAUUUGCAAGAAAAUGAGAUGAAGCCAACACCAAAGGUAACCCACGGGCAGAAAGUUAGCUCAGCCACGGAGUUAGAUUCUCUUAAAAGUCAAAGAGCAAUAAAAAUGGAUGGUCUGAAGCAAUCCAUGAAUACAGAGGCGACAAGGGACCGACCUAAAGACCAGGCUAUCAGAGUACGUUGUCCGGAGGGAGGGGGAAAACGAUUAGUGAGUCAAACUGGAGCGCUGAAAACCUUUCAGCCUGGAGAGAAGCCAACAGGGAAAAUUACAAAGGGCAGGCCGACUAGAGUUGCUCCACUCUUCAAGCAACCUGCUGCUUCAACUCUGCCAAGGAAUGUUGGAGCUGGACCUUCAACAUCUAAGGUACAACUAAAGGAUGGAGGGGGACCAGAGGAGUUAAAAGGUGGCUGUGGAGAGGCUGGAAGUCUCCACUCCUGUCCCAUGUGCCAGGAAGAGUUCCCUCCAGGGAUGAGUCAGCUGGACAUGGAUGGUCACAUUGCAGCCUGUCUGUCAGCCAGUAGUGAGGACAUCAUGUGGUGAACAGGGCAGCAGAUACACACCAGGCCACACCAAUUCUAUUUGUCGGUUCUUGGACAUCAAUGUGUAAAAUCUUAGCAAAAGAACAUAAGGAUACCAGAUGGUUUGGAGGAAAACUAUCCCUGAAGCUGUAUACAGAAUUUUCCCCUCAUAUAAUUGUUCUAGCCAGCCUAAAAUAUUUUUGUCAGUUUUGUUUGAUGUAACAUAAUAUAAUGUCGAGAGCUCAAGGUGUGAGGCCUUAAGGGGGGGGGGGGAUUUUUGAAUCUUGACCCUUUGAAAUGAUGUUUCCUGCAUUUUGAGGGGCAAACUUUGUUGGUAAAUUAAGCUUAGUUUAAUGACAUGGGCAUUGAAAUUCUGUCAAAUGAGGGAAAGACAGGCACUGGCUAAAACGCUGUAUUAGACUAUAUUUUCAUGUUGAUUUUUCAGUUCACCAUUAUGUUUUUUAAAUCCAUGGACCCACAAAUUUAAUUGGUGAGGCCUUUAAAUACAGUAGCUACUUUUCUGAACAUAUUUUCUACUUCUUAUCUAUGGAAGAACACAAGACAACAGACAAGUUUUGUAUCUCAGUUAUUUACUUGAUGAAUAGAAAAAGAAGGUGGGAGAAAAACAAAAACAUGUAUACAGGUUACCCUAGAUUGUCUGGAAAUUUCCUUUUAACGAAAAACUUUAAGCUAAAACUGGAAUGUUCCACACAGAGUGAUAUUAGUACUAAUUCGUAGUAUCUAACUACAAUGUAUGCAUGAGGGGGUCAAAAUGAGCUUACAUAGGAUGUUGGCAAAACAUACUGCGCCUACGCAAAACCCGUCAUGUACUGUGCAUAGCACUUCUGCAGAAUGUCUUGUUUAAGGUUGUAUUCCCAAAUUUAAGGAUGACAUCACAUAGUUUUCAAAUAUGGUGUCAGAAAAGAUAUCGCCUGAAAUAUGCAAAAUUCUAAUGCAACAUUGAUGAAACGUCCAACAAAAACUGAAAACUCUGGGUUUUGUGCAGGUGCAGUAUGUUAUUCCAACAUGCCAGCUUACACAUGUGUACUGAAGACAAACAUUAAAACUGUACCUCAAAUGCACUUGUCCAAAGUCACGAGUUUGCUUGUUCCUGGGUCUUUUGAUUCUACAAUCUUCCAAAACGCUGCUUUUAAUAACAUUUCCUGCCGUAACAUUCCUGAUCUGUUUAGUUUUUGUGUGGCUUUGGAAUCAAGGAUAAAGCUACAACAACAUGUCAUCCCUCUCCAUUGGUUGUAAGUGAAAGUGAUUGUUAACUUUCCCUAUCCCAGGAAUAAGUUCUCAUCCGAUUGAUAACUACUUCAAGACGACAGAACUAACAUGUACUUGUCUUGAAGGAAAUAGCAUUGUCAUUUGAACCCCUGCUGUUGCAUCUUUAACUUGCAUAUCAGAAUACUCAAUUGUUUUCUAAUAAAUGUACAAUUUCAAGAUAUCGUUGCAUCUAUCACUGUAACACCUAUGAGAAAAGGGGUAUAGGACAUUUGGGGGGCAACUUCCAUGAUUUUGCACCAGGCAAAGGUACCCUCCCCCCUGAUCGAAAUACACAAGAAUACUAGAUACAUAUGUCCUAAUUUUGGCAGAAUUAUACACAUUCUGUACUGAAUUCGCAACUUUGAAAGUUUGGCCGUCUUUGUUGUAGACCCUCAACCCCCUCUAAGGUUUAGCAUGAUAGGUGCCCUACAAUGUUAGUAUAGUGUUAACUGUUAUGCUGCCCCCCUAAAUCUUUUAAUGAUAUGCCUCUACAACAAAUUCCAAAAUCCUAAUUUUGCAGUUACAAAGCAAAACCUCAUUGAUAUGAAUAAUAAAUAUGCCAUUAAAAAAUUCCCUCUAAAAGAAAUACCUAAGUGCCUAAACUACCAUUGCAUGCAUACAUCAUAAAUGUUUGACAACAUUGAAUGUCAAUGUUGGAAAAGAUUUUCAAUUUGGCUUUUUGGUUCGCGACAAGACUUU